AUGUCUAACCAAAUCCGCACCAUUUCUCCUUCCACAAACGAGGUCAUCUUCGACCAGCCUGGCACUUCUCUUGAAGAAGCCCUCCAAGUCGCCGCAGACUCCAAGGAAGCCUUUGAAUCGUGGCGUACCUCAUCAUUGGAUGACAGAAAGAGCAUCGUGAAGCGCGCAUUGGAUAUCGUCGCAAAGAACCUCGAUGGACUGUCUAAAGACCUCACCACCCAAAUGGGCCGGCCAAUCAGGUACUGCGCAGCGGAGAUCAAGACAAUGGGUCUCCGCGCUGAGUACUUAAUGGACAUCGCCGAAGAGAGUCUUUCUGAUCUACCUGGUCGGCCUGAAGCUGGCUUCCGGCGCAUGGUCAAGCGUGUUCCCGUUGGACCGGUCUUCAUUGCAGGUACUUGGAAUUACCCCUUCUUGACGACUAUCAGUGCGCUCGUACCUGCACUUUUGGCUGGUAACAGUGUCAUCUUCAGGCCUUCGCCUCAGACCCCACUAUUCGGAAACCGAAUGCUGGAGAUUUUUACAGAGGCCGGACUUCCAUCCAACGUUCUCCAGGUUAUUCAUAUUGGAAACCUGGAUGUUCUGGAUCAAGUUGUACAGAUCCCUCAAAUCCAGUCUGUUUCUUUUACCGGGUCGACCGCAGGCGGUAUCAGAUUGAGAGAGGCAACUACCCGCCACAUCAAGCCUGUUAAUCUCGAGCUUGGCGGAAACGACGCUGCCUAUGUUCGCGAGGAUGUCGACGUUAAGAAUGUUGCAGAGAACCUCGUCGAUGGUGCAGUUUUUAACUCUGGACAGAGCUGCUGUUCCAUUGAGCGGGUCUAUGUGCACGAGAAGAUUUACGAUGCCUUUGUCACUGCUGUGCAGGAAGAGUUGAAAUCUUACAAACUUGGCGACCCCCAUGACCAGAGCACAACCACUGGUCCUGUCAUCUCAGCCCAAGCUGUUAAGAACAUUGGUGCCCACGUCAAGGAUGCUCUGGACAAGGGAGCUAUUGACUCGACACCUGAAAAUGCUAGCUUCCAGGUGACCAGCAACCCUCAAACACGGAAAGGAAACUUCGUCGCACCAGUUGUGCUGACUAAUGUCAACCACACCAUGCGCACUAUGAAAGAGGAGACCUUUGGUCCUGUUAUGCCUAUUAUGAAGGUAUUCGGCGACGACGAAGCUGUCGCUCUGAUGAAUGACAGUGACUAUGGUUUGACCGCCAGUGUCUGGACAAAGGAUAUGACUCGAGGAGAAGAGUUGCUUGAGCGCCUUGAGGCCGGUACAGUGUUUAUUAACCGCUGUGAUUAUCCAUCUCCGGACCUCGCUUGGACCGGUUGGAAGCAAUCGGGCUUGGGAUGCACUCUUGGGCCCCGGGGCUACGAUGGAUUCACCAAGCUGAAGAGCUACCACAUGAAAGAUGCCUCUGCUUGA